CGUCGGUCGAGCUCAAGCCAGGCAUGUUGAACGACGCGGGCACGAAGGUUGCAGUGGCGCUAGCGCUGUCUGCGCUGGUUUACUACGUCGGCUCCAAGAACACGACGAAGCCUGCUGCGUCCUCGUCGAAAGGCCCACGUAAACUGAGUCUCGUGCAAGGGCAAGGCAGUGGAUUUGGACCGAAAGACUCGGUCACAGUGCGGGUGCCGGCGACGACGGCCAACAUGGGUCCUGGAUUUGAUUGCAUCGGCAUGGCCGUGGAUAUUUGGAACGAGUUGACUGUCGAACGAGCGGAUGCGUUCUCGUUGACCAACGAAGGCGAAGGCAGCGACGUGUUGCCGACGGAUGAAACAAACUUGAUUGUUGUGGGGCUCAAAGCUGCGUUCAACGCUGCGGGACAGGACUUGCCGCUGCUGCGCAUCCAUUGCCGCAAUCGCAUUCCAUUUGCGCGCGGGUUGGGCAGCAGUUCUGCCGGUAUCGUUGCGGGAAUCAUUGCCGGUCUUGUGAUUGCCGGUCACGAACUCUCUGUACUUGGCAAGGAAGAGCUCUUGCAACUGGCAGCAAACAUCGAAGGACACCCGGACAACGUCGCCCCGUGCAUCUACGGUGGCCUUCAACUGGGCAUCUUCACAGACGACCGAUGGUACUCGUCCCGCGUGCAAUUCCCGUCCACGAUGCAAUGCGUGUUGUUUAUCCCCGAAACCACGGGCCAAACUAGUGUGGCGCGAUCGAUUUUGCCGAAAAAGAUUGACCGCGCCGACGCCGUCUUCAACAUCGGCCGGUCCGCGAUUCUCGUCAACGCGCUGCGGAAUGGCAACUACAAGGAGCUCCGCCACGCCACUCAAGACAAACUGCAUCAGCCGCAGCGCGGUGCCGAGCAAUACCCGCACUUGUUUCCCCUCGUCGAUGCCGCGCUGGAAGCCGGCGCGCACGCAUGUUUCCUCAGCGGUGCCGGACCCACCGUCCUCGCCAUUUGCUCGGGCAAGUCGGGGGAUAUCUUCACCCAAGUCGCCGCCGAAAGAGAUGAAACCAAGGUGGCCGACGCGAUGCGGGAAGCUGCCGCCUCAGUCGGCGUCCAAGGCUGCGUCUUCAUCACGAACCCAGAACAUCGCGGAGCCCACAUCGUCCGCGUGUCCCCCAAGAUCUCGGACCAUCUGGUCGCACGCUACGAAGGCGACAUCACCGACCUCUAGAGUAUACUACUUUUCAACCCUUGUAACCACAGUAACGUUAGUUAGGUACCUGCACCUUCAAAACAGUGUGCUUCGAGUUACUAGUACCAUGGUAGGUGACGUUAUGGAGCAGACCCACGGAUCGAGUAUGUACUAUAACAAGGUUUCCUUGAAUAAAAGCUACUGUAGUUAGUUACCUAGUAGUAUUAAUAAUUAAUAAUAGG